AUGUUGGGGGUGAUGGGACUCCCUGUCACGAAGUCUCUUGCAGAUGCAGCUUCCACAGAACGUAUGAAUGUGACUAUGCUGAGCGAAGCAGCCAAGGUUACCAUGGCUGGCAAUGGCAUGGAUGUGCCAUCAGUGGGAUUCGUCAUGCUCACAGCAUUGAUUUGCUUGGAGGAAAAACAUACAGAUGAGGCAAGGUUGGACACUUUUUCACAAAUUAUGUUCUUUGUUAUCCUUUUUGUUUUAAUUCGUGGCCACUUUCAGGCAUUCCCAGUACCACCAAGAGACAAGAGACGAAAAACACAGUGGGGCCCUAAGAAGUUUUCAGUUCUAUCAUUGUGA